GGCCCUGACUCCACGUCGCCUCCCAGACCCGGCUCCUCCCCUUCUCCACCUCUUUGGCUCUGUCGCUGCCCUCGAUCCGCUUUCUGGGCGCUGGCUUUCGCCACGGAUCUGCUUCCUGCAUUAUGGAUUUGUCCCACUCUGGUUCCUCCUCUCCCCUCCUAGAUUCCGCUUUCGCCCCCACCUCCUGACCCCUGGGCUUCCCAGCGGGAUUCUAGUGCCGCCCCAGGCAUGGUCUCCGCCCCCGUUCCCCUUCUUGGCAGGCUGCUGGAGGCUGCCUCCUUGUCCCGAGCCCUGCAGGCUCCGCGGGCGGCGGGGGCUCUGCGGAGCAUCAUGCAGUUCCUGGAGGGCCGGAGCCGGAGCCGCUCCAGAGAGCUCUACCUGCAGGAGCAGAGCCUCAAGGCGGCGGCGCUCAGUGGGCAGAGGCUGGGCCUACAAGAUGACGAGGACCUACAGGCACUGCUGAAGGGCAGCCAGCUCCUAAAAGUGAAGUCCAACUCAUGGCGGAGAGAGCGCUUCUACAAGUUGCAGGAAGACUGCAAGACCAUCUGGCAGGAAUCCCGCAAGGUCAUGCGGACCCCGGAGUCCCAGCUGUUCUCCAUUGAGGACAUUCAGGAGGUCCGGAUGGGACACCGCACGGAAGGCCUGGAGAAGUUUGCCCGCGACGUGCCCGAGGAUCGCUGCUUCUCCAUUGUCUUUAAGGACCAGCGAAACACACUAGACCUCAUCGCCCCAUCGCCCGCUGAAGCCCAGCACUGGGUGCAGGGUCUGCUCAAGGUCAUCCGGCACUCAGGCUCCAUGGACCAGCGGCAAAAACUGCAGCACUGGAUUCACUCCUGCUUGCGAAAAGCUGACAAAAACAAGGACAACAAGAUGAGUUUCAAGGAGCUGAAGAACUUCCUGAAGGAACUCAACAUCCAGGUGGACGACAGCUACGCCCGGAAGAUCUUCAGGGAAUGUGACCGCUCUCAGACAGACUCUCUGGAGGAUGAGGAGAUUGAGGCCUUCUACAAGUUGCUAACCCAGCGGGAGGAGAUCGACCAAACCUUUGCUGAGGCUGCCAACUCUGGGGACACCCUGUCGGUGGACCAGUUGGUGACGUUCCUGCAGCACCGGCAGCGAGAGGAGGCGGCGGGACCGGCACUGGCCCUCUCCCUCAUUGAGCGUUAUGAGCCCAGCGAGAGUGCCAAGGCACAGCGGCAGAUGACCAAGGACGGCUUCCUCAUGUACCUGCUAUCUGCCGACGGCAGCGCCUUCAACCUGGCACACCGGCGGGUCUACCAAGAUAUGGGCCAGCCGCUCAGCCACUACCUAGUGUCCUCCUCGCACAACACCUACCUGCUUGAAGACCAGCUCACCGGGCCCAGCAGCACGGAAGCCUACAUCCGGGCGCUGUGCAAAGGCUGCCGCUGUUUGGAGCUGGACUGCUGGGACGGGCCCAACCAGGAGCCGGUUAUCUACCACGGCUACACUUUCACCUCCAAGAUCCUCUUCUGCGACGUGCUCAGGGCCAUCCGGGACUACGCCUUCAAGGCGUCCCCCUACCCCGUCAUCCUGUCCCUGGAGAACCACUGCAGUCUAGAGCAGCAGCGCGUGAUGGCACGACACCUGCGCACCACCCUGGGCCCCAUGCUGUUGGACCGACCGCUGGACGGGGUUACCACCAGUCUGCCCUCCCCUGAGCAACUGAAGGGGAAGAUCUUGCUGAAAGGGAAGAAGCUUGGGGGGCUCCUGCCCCUAGGAGGGGAAGGUGGCCCUGAGGCCACCGUCGUGUCAGAUGAGGAUGAGGCUGCCGAGAUGGAGGAUGAGGCAGUGAGGAGCCGAGUGCAGCACAAGCCCAAGGAGGACGCGCACAGGCUAGUGAAGGAGCUCUCCGAUAUGGUCAUUUACUGCAAGAGCAUUCAUUUUCGGGGCUUCUCCAGCCCUGGCACCCCAGAGCAGGCUUUCUAUGAGAUGGUGUCUUUCUCUGAGAACCGUGUGCUCCGACUGCUCCAAGAAUCAGGAAACAACCUUGUGCGCUACAAUGUGACUCACCUGAGCAGGAUCUACCCCGCUGGAUGGAGAACGGACUCCUCCAACUACAGCCCUGUGGAGAUGUGGAAUGGGGGCUGCCAGAUCGUGGCCCUGAACUUCCAGACACCUGGGCCAGAGAUGGACGUGUAUCAGGGCCGCUUCCAGGACAAUGGGGCCUGUGGGUACGUGCUGAAACCUGCUUUCCUGCGAGACCCCAACUCCACCUUCAACUCACGUGCCCUGGCUCAGGGGCCCUGGUGGGCUCGGAAGCGGCUCAGUGUCAGGGUCAUCUCAGGGCAGCAGUUGCCCAAAGUCAACAAGAAUAAGAAUUCAAUAGUGGACCCCAAGGUGACGGUGGAGAUCCAUGGCGUGGGCUGGGACAUGGCCAGCCGCCAGACAGCAGUAGUCACCAAUAAUGGUUUCAACCCGCGGUGGGACACGGAGUUUGAGUUUGAGGUGGUUGUGCCCGACCUUGCCCUUGUGCGCUUCAUGGUUGAGGACUACGAUGCCUCCUCGAAGAACGACUUCAUUGGCCAGAGCACCAUCCCCCUGAACAGCCUCAAGCAGGGAUACCGCCACGUCCACCUUUUGUCCAAGAACGGAGACCAGCACCCAUCUGCCACCCUCUUCGUGAAAGUGUCCCUCCAGGAUUAGGCUUGGGAGCUGGCCAGGCUCUCUGUCCACAUCUGGGGACAGGGCAGGUGUGGCUGCUCCCAACCUCUCACUCAGAGCUAGAGGCCCAUGCUGCUUUCUGCUCUGACAUACUGUCUGUGCUGCUGCCUCCCCGGGGCCCUAGGAGCUGGUCCGGUCCCCGGAUCUGUCCUCAAUUCCGUUAGGAACAACACUGCAGCCCUCUUUGCCCUCUGGCCAGCCCUAGGUUGAGGGUUUUUAUAAAAAUCAUAAGACUGA